AUGAAGAGUAGUGAGAAUCCAGCAGAAAUGGAAGCAGUAGCAAGCGAGAGACAUCCCACAAACGGUAAAAAGGAAGUAAUGGCGAGGAAUAUGGAUUCGUUCCAAGGAUGGGUUACCACGAGUUCGUCCUGGUUUCGAUCCGCUAAAGAAAAGACUUAUGCAACAUUUGAAUUGGUUAAGAAGGAUUUAACUGAGUUUACUGAUGUGGUAACCAGUGAAGCAAGCGCAUUAGCAAGUACUACUGUUGAAAAUGUCAAGCAGAAGGCGUACAACUUACAGCAGAUUAUCAGCUUGGAAGAAGAGAAUGAUAAACAGAAUAAAGAGAAGAGCAGAGAAAUGGAAAGUAGCGCAAAUAAAACCGAACAAUCGAGCUCGACAUCUGUUGGUUGGGCAUCAAGGCUACCUUCAGUACCUACUAUAACAGAUAAUUCAUGGAUCAAAGUCGUAGUUGAUAGAGUGAAAAAUAUGGCUCAGGAAAAUACGGCUGAGGGCGAGGAUGAAUUCACCGAAAGCAUUUAUCCACAGAUGAAAUCUAUAAACAGAAACGAUUUGCCCCAUCAUAUCCUGUAUGAAAUUCAGACAAAUCCAGAGACAUAUAUAAAACUCCCAGAAGGCGAUAAGGAAUUAUUCAAAAUGUGGUGCGAUGAUUUCAAAUUGACUGAAUAUGAUAGCGAAAUCAAUGCUUUGCUUGCUAAUUGUCCUCGAAUGAGGGCUUUAUAUCAAGAAAUGGUGCCUGAAAAAAUUGAGAGUGUGGUUUUUUGGGCAAGGUACUUUUAUAAAGUUCAUCAAAUGGAAUUGCUGGUUCGAAAUAAAGCUGAUAUCGAAAAACAACUAUUACAAGAUGAUAAAAACGGAACCACACAAGGCCAAAAGCGAACGAUAGAUUUCGCAAAAAAAAGAUCAUUUUGUGAUAGGAGUGAAAGCUGUCGUAGUAUAAAUAUGGAGCCGACACGAAGUCAGAACAGUCCAGAUAGACGAUCAAUAGUGGAUGAAAGCUGGAGUCUCUGUUCCAGUACAAAUGUUGACAUACAGGAAUUGCAUGAUGAAGAUGGCCCACGGACGCCGAAAGCUGAUUCAAAUAAUUCAUCUAGCAAAAGCGAUGGGUGGAUUAAUUGGGAUGAAUAA